AUGGCUGCAUCUUCUUCUGCUCCAAAACAAAUGUAUGAUGUUUUUAUAAGCUUCAGAGGUGAGGACACUCGCCACAACUUCACCGGCCAUUUUUAUGCAGCUUUGCGUCGGAAAAAAGUUCGUGCCUACAUAGACGAGGAUCGUCUUGAGAAAGGAGAGGAAAUUUCACCUUCUCUUUUGAACGCAAUUCAGGAGUCGAAGAUUUCUGUGCUUGUUUUCUCGAAGAAUUAUGCUUAUUCGUCGUGGUGCUUAACCGAACUCGCUCACAUCCUCCGGUGCAAAGUGGUAAACAAGCAGCUCGUUGUUCCGAUUUUUUAUCAUGUCGAUCCGUCAGACAUACGCCAACAACAAAACAGCUAUGCGGCGGCAUUUGCCAAGCAUGAAAAGCGCUUUGAGGAUGAAAAGGUGCAAAUGUGGAGAAAUGCUUUGAAAGAAGCAGCCAAUGUGUGUGGCUGGAAUAUUGAUUUCAAUAGAUCCGAGUCUGAAGUAAUUGAGGAAAUUGUCAAAGACAUUCUAAACAGGUUGGAUAACAUGUCAUCUAAAGAUGAAUUCAAGGAUCUGGUUGGAAUUGACAAACAAGUUCAAAACAUUGAACUAUUGCUAUCUUUCAAUUCAUUAGAUGUUCUUAUUGUAGGACUUUGGGGCAUGGGCGGUAUUGGAAAAACCACCCUGGUCGAAGUCAUAUUCAGUCGAUUUGCUCCUCAAUUUGAAAGUUGUUGCUUUCUUAGAGACAUUAAGGAGACAAAACGACAUAAACUUCAAGAGUUACAAAAGAAACUCUUCUCUGAGUUGUUGAAGGAGAAAAUAGUAAAUGUCAAUCAAUUUGUAAAGGAUAGGCUUCAGCGUACGAAGGUGCUAGUCGUUCUUGAUGAUGCAGAUGAUGUAGAGCAGUUAGAGUAUUUGGUUGGAGAUCGCGAUUGGUUUGGCCUGGGGAGUAGAAUCAUUAUAACAACUAGAGAUAAGCAAGUUCUGAAAAAUAUCCAAGCUGAUGGAAUAUAUGAGGUUGAUGAAUUAAAUUCUCAUGAUGCUCUUCAACUGUUUUAUGCUUCAGCAUUCAAGGGAACCUCUCCCUCACCAGUUUAUGUAGAAAUGUCGAAAAGAGUGGUCACUGAAUAUGCUAAAGGUGUUCCUUUAGCCCUUAAAGUUUUGGGCUGUCACCUUUGUUCCAAGAGCAUAGAAGAAUGGGAAAGUGAACUGAAAAUGUUGGAAAAUAUUCCCUAUGACAAAGUUCAGAAUGUGUUGAAAGAUGAUGCAAAAAGAAUACUCGAUAGCUAUCGCUGGGGAGUUGAUAUGGGAAUUAGUGUUCUCAUUGACAGGUCUCUUUUAACAAUUGAUUGUUCCAACCGGCUGUCUAUGCAUGAUCUGGUACAAGACAUGGGUAAGGAAAUUGUUCGUCAGGAAUCUCCUAAUGAGCCUGGAAGGCGCAGCAGGCUUUGGUUUGCUGAAGAUGUUUGUAGUGUCUUGAAAAAUAAUACUACAACCCCAGAAAUUCAAGGAAUGUCCCUGGACAUGUCUAAAAUUCGUGCUGCCAUAUGCAUGAGUCCUAGACUUUUCAAAGCGAUGCCUAAUCUCAAAUUCCUUCGGUUUUUUGGUUAUUAUGUUGAGGAAAAGCUGAAACUUCAAAAAAAAGGUCUUAAAUGUCUUCCUAGUGAGCUCAGAUAUCUUCAUUGGGAUAGUUUUCCUCUAAAACGUUUGCCUCCAAAAUUUUUACCUCAAAAUCUUAUUGAGCUACACCUGAUUAACAAUAAGCUUGAGAAGCUUUGGGAUGGCGUUCAGCAUAUUGUGAGCUUAAAAGUUCUAAAUCUUGAAGGAUCUAAGAAGCUUACUGAAAUUCCAGACCUCUCUUUGGCACUAAAUUUGGAAAAGAUAAAUCUCAGUGGCUGUAUAAGCCUUGAGCGUCUUCCAGGAGGCAUUUGCAAGCUGGAGUUGUUGCAGGAUCUUAUGUUAUCUGGCUGCUCAAACAUUGACGAAUUUCCAGAACUUCCAAAAAAUAUACAAUGUUUGUAUAUGGAUGAGACAGCAAUAAAGAAUGUGCCGCCAUCAAUUGAGCAUCUCUCUCAUCUCCUGGUAUUUGAUUUGACAAACUGCAAAAGGCUUGAGAGCCUUCCGACCAACUUUUCUAAGUUAAAAUCUCUCGAACAGCUCUACAUCGGUGGUUGUUUAGCAUUAAACUACUUGCCAGAAAUUAAAGAGCCCAUGGAACAUCUAACUGUGCUUCAAACACAAGAACCGUGGAUUAGACCAUGGCCCUCCUCAAAUGAAAAACUUGAUGGGAUUACAAAAUUAGUCCUACAAGAAACCCGUGUACCUGAAAUACCUGAUUGGCUCUUCUCUUUACCCGGAUUAGACGUGUUAAAUCUCUGUGAAUCAAAUAUUAUUAGAAUUCCUGAAAGCAUCAAACGUUCUAAGUUGAAGCGUUUGUACGUAAGAGAUUGCAAGUUCCUUCAGUCUUUACCAGAGCUUCCUCUUUCCAUACAGGCUGUUUAUGCAGCGGGGUGCAUAUCAAUGGAGAUGGUGUCAAAUUCAUGGAGUCUACUUGCACAAGGGCCUAAAGGGGAUCUGUCCUUUCAGAGGCGGUUUUCAUUUGAGGGUUGCUUAAAGUUGGAUCACAAGAAUGUCAUAACUGAGUUUCAGCUUAGAGCAUUAUUCUAUGCCUCAAUACUACCAGUUUCGAAACAUAAGGUACAGGAGAGGCAUGUGACUCCGCUUGAAGUUAUUGUUUCUUAUCCGGGAGAUGAAAUUCCUGAGUGGUUUAGCUAUCAAAACGUUGGAGAUUCAAUAGAUAUGAUGCUUCCCACAGAGUAUACAAAUUUCAUUGGUUUUGCCUUUUGCUUUGUUGUUGAAAAUGCCCACAAUGAUGAUAUCAACAAGGACGUAUAUUUAAAUUGGGAAAUCUAUCUCAAAACCAACAGUAAUGGUGAAAGACGUUUCCAACUUUUGUCAAAAUCCAAAUAUUUUGGAGGCAAUUAUGGCUUAAACCAUGUGUUAAUGAGCACGCAUCUAACUGCAGCUGCAUUUGACUUUGAUCCUGUAAUAGAGAUGUCAUUUCACUUCAGUUUUGAAGAUCCAUUAAAACGCAAAAUAAAAAGUUGCGGAAUCCGCCUGCUUUCUCUCCAGGACCCAAUUGAAUUUGGUAUCAUCAGUGAUCAAUAUGUAUUUGCAGAGGCGAAUGUUGUCGCCAACGAGCUGCAACCAAGUGGAUUUUUAAAGAAUAUCAUAUACCCUUUGUUCAGCUUUCAGGGUUUCCCGUCAAGGCAACAACUUUGUGAGAAGAUAUUGAGUUGCAAGAUACUGCACAGGCACAAGACGUUUUGGUUGCUGCUUGUUUUGGAUUGUUUGCCAGUACGAGAAGUUGUUAAUUACCUAAUGGAUUUGGACACCACUUGCCCGCUCUGUGGCUUGGUUUCGGAAAGUGCCACCCAUCUGUUUCUGUACUGCCAGAGUGUUGGGCCUCUUUGGUUCUUGUCGCGGUGGGGCCUCAACACAAAUUCUCUCUGCUGUGAUUCCAUGGCUACUUUCUUGGAACUGGUAUUAUUUGGUGAUCCAAACUCAUUAUGCCAUUUUAAUGGAGAUUUCUUACUUUAUGCUUCUGUACUUUUGGAAACUAUUUGGCUUGCGAGGAAUAAGCUCGUUCAUGAAGAGAAGACAUUUGAUAUUGCGGAUAUACAUUCCUCCGUGCAAGCUCAAUUCAACGAUAUUAUUUCGCUUAAACCAUAUCCUAAGAGAGCUAUAUGUUUCAAUUCCUUCAAACCAGUUUCUGCCAUUGAUCCCUGA